UCACCCGGAAGGAGAAGCCGACACUGGCUAUAUGGUGAACCGCUGGCUGUGUUGCUGUAGCGAGUGGGUGCUGCUCUCAGGAGCCAGCCAGGAUCAUUUGUUGGCAGUACAUAUUGGCUGAAGUCAGUUUUCAUUUCAAGAUGUUUUCUUCCAAUGGGCUUUUGAUGUAGGAUGUUGGAGAGCCAAGAGCAGGAGGAGGUGAUCACUGUGCGUGUUCAGGACCCCCGUGUGCAGAAUGAGGGCUCCUGGAAUUCUUAUGUGGAUUAUAAGAUUUUUCUCCAUACCAAUAGCAAGGCCUUUACUGCCAAGACGUCCUGUGUGCGUCGCCGCUACCGUGAGUUCGUGUGGCUGAGAAAGCAGUUACAGAGAAAUGCUGGUUUAGUGCCUGUACCUGAACUUCCUGGAAAGUCAACCUUCUUUGGCAGCUCAGAUGAGUUCAUUGAGAAGCGACGACAAGGUCUACAGCACUUCCUUGAAAAGGUCCUGCAGAGUGUGGUCCUCCUGUCAGACAGCCAGUUACACCUCUUCCUGCAAAGCCAGCUUUCGGUGCCUGAGAUAGAAGCCUGUGUUCAGGGCCAAAGCCCCAUGACCGUUUCUGAUGCCAUCCUUCGCUAUGCUAUGUCAAACUGUGGCUGGGUCCAGGAAGAGAGGCAGGGCUCUUCUCACUUGGCUAAAGGAGAUCAGCCUAAGAGUUGCUGCUUUUUUCCAAGAUCGGGCAGGAGAAGUUCUCCCUCACCACCUCCUGAGGAAGAAAAGGAUCAUUUUGAGGUGUGGGCUCCUGUUGUUGACUCUGAGGCUCCUUCCUUGGAAAGCCCCCCUCUCCCACCCUCUACCUCACCAUCAUGCUGUGGUUUUGAAAGACCUGAUGAAGGACCCUCUGCUCCUCAUUCUGUGAGGAGGUCCUUGGGAGGGGACCAUGCUGUACCUUUGGAUCCUAGUCAGUUAGAAACAGUUUUGGAAAAGUGAGCUCUGGUCUGAGCUCUGGGUUCUGCUCUGAGGCAGAUAGAGAAGGUGCAGGCAAGGAGAUGCAUGCACUUGGGUGGGAUU